UGGCAUCAAAUGCAGAUGUCAGUCCUGAUGACUGCUUAUGACAUGAUGACCCAAGAACCCUGAUUAACAUUAUGAUUGUGCAGUUCCCACCAGUGGGUCACAUUACACAUUGUCUUCUACAGUUUGGACGUGCUGCCACUGACACCUUCACCAUGGACCUGGAGGCGCUGCGGGCGGUGGUGCAGCGAUACAUCCACAACCACAUGUACCAGGCAGCCUGUUACUGGGCAGACAAGGUGUUCUCACUCUCGGGGGAGGCGACCGAGGACCUGGUGACGCUGGCGCACUGCUACCUGCUGAUCAAGCAGCCACAGCGGGCCGUGCAGUUGGUGCGCAGCUCCGGUCUGCACCGCACGCACGACGAGUGCCGUUACCUGGCGGCGCGCGGCCUGUACGAGACGCGCGCCUUCCAGGAGGCGCUGGCCGUGCUGCAGCCGGAGCUGGAGGAGUCGCCGGCCGGCCGCGUGCCGCUGCUCGACAUCGCCGAGGUCGGCGGCGGACGCGACGAGCCGGCGCACCUGCUGCUGCUCAAGGGCCGCGUGCACGAGGCGCUGGAGAACCGGCCGGUGGCGGCGCAGUGCUACCGUGCCGCGCUCAUGGCCGACGUGCUCUGCCACGAGGCGUUCGACGCGCUGCUCGGCCACCAGAUGCUGACGCUAGACGAGGAGCGCCAGCUGAUGGACGCCCUGCCGCUGGAGCGUCAGCUGCCGGCCGCCGACGCCGACGCUGUGCGCCGGCUCUACCAGCUGCAGCUCAAGAAGUACACGGCGCCGGAGGAGGCGGCCGACGCGGCCGUCCCGCCGCCGCUGGCCGCCAACGCGGACGUGAUGGCGUGCCAGGCUGAGCAGCACUACUACAACUGCGACUACGCGCGCUGCUUCCGGCUGACAUCCGAGGUGCUGGAGCGGGACCCGGACCACGCGCGCUGCCUACCCGUCCACAUCGCCUGCCUGCUCGAGCGGCGCAAGACCAACGCGCUCUUCCAGCUGGCGCACCGGCUGGUGGACGCCUACCCGGAGAGCGCACUCGCCUGGUUCGCCGUCGGCACCUACUACUACGCCAUCGGCAAGAUGGAGCCUGCGCGCCGCUACCUCAGCAAGGCCACCACGCUGGACCCCGUGUUCGGGCCGGCGUGGCUGGCGUACGGGCACAGCUUCGCGCUGGAGAACGAGCACGACCAGGCGAUCUCGGCGUACUUCCGCGGCUCGCAGCUGAUGCGCGGCUGUCACCUGCCGCUGCUGUACGUCGGGCUGGAGUACGGCCUGACCAACAACGCCCGGCUAGCACGCCAGUUCCUGGGCCAGGCGCUGGCCAUCGCGCCGCGCGACCCGUUCGUGCUGCACGAGCUGGGCACCCUGCUGUUCGCCGGGCGUGAGUACGCCGAGGCGGAGCGGCACCUGGCGGCGGCGCUGCAGCUGGUGCAGCAGGAGUGGCACACGGUGGCUGCCGACCGCUGGGAGCCGCUAUUCAACAACCUCGGUCACACGUACCGCAAGCUCGGCCGCUACUCGGACGCGCUGGAGGCGCACGAGCAGGCGCUGGUGCUCGAGCCGCACAGCGCAUCCACCUACGCCGCCAUCGGCUUCACGCACGCGCUCAUGGACCAGCCGGCCAAGGCGGUGGACGCGUUCCACAAGGCGCUGAGCCUGAAGCGGGACGACGCCUUCAGCACGCAGAUGCUGGGCAGCGUGCUGGAGCAGCUGCUGAGCAGCCAGGCGCGGCUGGACGAGCCGUCCAUCGCGCUGCUGGCGGCUGACGUCAGCCUACGGAUGAUGGACUCGAGCGGCGACAUGAGCCUCGAGCUGGACGAUAAGUAG